ACAUGUCCGUUCCCCGGGUCGGCAGGCCAGUCACGCUCGGUCUCCGGCAACAUGAACCAAAGGGAGAUUCUGCUGCAAAACCUGGAAAGGGCCCAAGGCAAGAAGCUCAACCGAGAAGAGUUUGUUGAUGAGUUUUUGAAGCUGAAAAGGCAGUCAACAAAGUACAGAUCGGAUAAAAUCUACCCUACAGCAGCAUCUGAGCAACCAGAGAACACCAAGAAGAACAGAUACAAGGACAUCUUACCCUUUGACCACAGCAGAGUGGAGUUGUCCGUGAUUACAUCAGAUGCAGAUUCUCAUUAUAUCAAUGCCAAUUUCAUCAAGGGCGUCUAUGGGCCAAGAGCAUACAUUGCAACCCAGGGUCCUCUCCCCACUACUGUCAUUGACUUUUGGAGGAUGAUUUGGGAGUAUGAAGUCCUGAUUGUGGUCAUGGCUUGUAUGGAGUUUGAAAUGGGAAAGAAGAAAUGUGAGCGGUACUGGGCAGAGUUGGAUGGGUCUUCCCUGCAGUGUGGUCCUUUCUUCAUCACCUGUGAAGCUGAACAGAAGAAAAAUGAGUAUGUGAUUAGGACUUUAAAGGUGACCCUGAAUGAGGAAAUCCGCACCGUCUACCAGUUCCACUAUAAAAACUGGCCAGACCACGACGUCCCGUCGUCCAUUGACCCCAUCCUGGAGCUCACCAGUGAGAUUCGCUCCUACCAGCCGGACGACAGCGUCCCCAUCUGCAUCCACUGCAGUGCUGGCUGUGGGAGAACAGGAGUCAUCUGUGCAAUCGACUACACCCAGAAGCUGCUGAAGGAUGGUAUUGUUCCAGUGAACUUCAGUAUUUUCAGUCUGAUCCAGGAAAUGCGCACGCAAAGGCCUUCCAUAGUGCAGACCAAGGAGCAGUAUGAGCUGGUUUAUGAUGCAGUGAUUGAGCUCUUCAAAAGGCAGAUCAAAGCACUCGAUGCCCAGGAAGAUUCUGAUGCUUCACAGGUACAAACAAGGCAUCCUGUAGCCAAGCCAAUUCUGACUCCAGUGGAAGAUAUUUAUUCUCUGAGAUUACUAACCUGCUCAGAGCGAGAGGAUCAGGAUGUGCAUCAUCAUCUUCCUCUGGUGGUACAAAGCAAACCAUCCCUGACAUCAUUGUCUGCCACGGGAGUACACGACAGCGCUGGACGUGGAGUCCCUCCCAUCAGACAGGCCAUCUGCUUUGGCACUUUGAACUUCUUCAACUGCAGGAAGGCAGCUGGUGCUGAGAGGUGGGGUGCUGGGGAUGCUCUUCAGAAACACCGCAGUUUGGAGUUCAACAGCAUCUCUCCUGAGCAGUUGCUUCUGAACCUGGAACCGAAGGGAGCAGGCAAGAGAGGGCCUCAUGGCAGAGGACCUCUGACACGGACUGUAUCAACCCCUUUUGUGCUGGCACAGCGGGGAGAAGGCUGGGAAUGGGAUGGAGGGGAUGCAAGGCCUGUUUUGAGUUCACAGUUGCCAAAUGCCUGUUACUCAAGCUUUCAGGUGAAGAAGCAGGAUGGAUUUUCCGCUGUUGAGCUGAACCACUCAAGCCAAGAAGCAGCUGGCUCCCCGAGCCACAGGAACCUUGUACAAUGUCCUUACCCUUACUUCUGCUCAUCAGAAGACCCCUACUUCUCUUCACUCUCUCCAGAUGACCCCAUAUACCCAGUGUUUACCAAGUGCUUUGUGGAGGGGCAGGAUGCCCUUCUCCCUUCUUGUGCUGUGAGUGCCCCACUGCAGCCUGCUGCGGCCAGCUCUCCACCACCCAGGCCUAUGUCCCACCACAUCCCUGCAAAGGCCUGUAGUUCUCCUGCUGUGUUGUGCCAUCCAGGUAAUCUGUCCCUGUCUCCCCCAUUAGCCACCCUGCCACAGCCAGAUGAUGAUGAUCCUCCACCCCUGCCUGAGCGAACCCCUGAGUCCUUUAUUGUGGCCAAUGAAUCUGGACAAUUUCCUCUGGCUACUUCUGAUUUUGAGCUUCCAGUCAGAAAUACAUAUAUCGGAACCUCUUUGGAAUGGAGUGGUGAGUCUCACUCAGAGGUGUUUAAUGACUCGGUGAGACUGAGACCAUGUAAGAGUGUGAAGCUUCGGAGCCCACAAACAGAGACAACCCGGGAUCGCUCUAACUCUCCUCCUCCACUUCCUGAAAGAACCCCAGAGUCAUUUGUUCUUGCUGAUGCAGCAAGUCUGCAGCCUGCUGCAAGAAAUUCUAUGACGAGUCCUCCAGGCUUGGAGAACAAAGCUCCUGAAACAUUAUCAAAAGAGCCUACGAAAUGCUUCAGGAGAAGCAAGAGCUUGAAAAUAUUGAAAAAUGUGAGAAAGAGCAUCUGUAGUCCUUCUUCACUGACAAAACCAUCAGAAUCUGCCCCGUCAAACCAUUCAAGAUCUUUCCUUAACUUUGGCUUUGCAAAUCGAUUUUCAAAACCUAAAGGACCAAGAAAUCCACCACCGGCAUGGAAUAUUUAG